AGCCCAGGGGCAGGCAGGUGACAAGAGCGCACAAGCCCCGCGGUUCUGCAUUGGAAGAACUGCAGGAAUCGCGGGGCGCGUCCCCUCCUGCGAGCCCGCGGCAUCUCCGCUCGCUUCCUCCCGCCUCCCGCCACCGCCAAUUUCCAGACUUCCUGGAUGACAAGGCCGGGGAAGCAGCCCGGCCUGGCUCGGCCGGUAUUUAACGCGGGAGGCCCCAGGAAGCACGACUCCCGAGCUCGCCGCUGGGACUCGCGCUGAAGCUGAGCCGCGGGCCGCCCCGCCUACGCUUCUCCGGACCGGCGGCGAAGAGUCUAAGCCGAGGGGCGCCGGGCCGAGAAGCGGCGACGCGGGCUGGGCAGCCUGCGGCGUCUCGACCCCGCGUCCUCCCCUCUCCCUCCGCGGCGUUUGGUCUCGCCCGCGCCUCCGCUCCCUGCCAUGUUGGAUUGCACGGCCGGCGCCGGGGAGAAGUUGGAAGUUUAGUGCCUGUCGGGAGAGCGGCGGAAGGCGCGCAGAGGGCGAGGAGCGGGACUUCCCGGCCGCUCCGCUCGCUCGCAGGAAGCCCCUCAGGAGUUGCUCCUCGGUCCGACGCGGCGCCCCCUCAGGUCGCCGCCCCGAUGUUGCUGCAAUAGCGCGGGGAGGCAGGCUGCUGCGCCGCCACCCUCCAGGAGACGCGGGGCCUGACCCCCAGACGGGCUAGAGCCAGCUGCGGAGCCGGCGGAGGGGUUGGCAGUCCCGGCCGGGCGCCGGCGGCGGCCGCCAUGAACAACAACCAGCAGCAGCAGCAGCAGCAGCCCCCGCCGCCGCGGAGGGUCUCCAACGUGGGCUCCAUGCUGCUCACCCCGCAGGAGAACGAGAGCCUCUUCGGCUUCCUCGGCAAGAAAUGCGUGACAAUGUGCUCUGUGGUCGUCCAGAUAUAUGCAGCAGAGCGCAGUGCUAUGUGGUCAAAGAAAUGCUGUGGUGUAGCUUGCCUUGUAAAAGACAAUCCACAAAGAUCCUAUUUUAUCAGAAUAUAUGAUAUCAAGGAUGGAAAACAAUUGUGGGAACAAGAAUUAUAUAAUAACUUUGUAUAUAAUAGUCCUAGAGCAUAUUUUCAUACCUUUGCUGGAGACACAUGUCAGGUGGGUCUUAAUUUUGCUAAUGAAGAAGAAGCUAAAAAAUUCCAAAAGACUAUAACAGACCUGCUUGGACGAAGGCAGAGAAAAUCUGAGAAAAGGAGAGAUCUACCAAAUGGUCCAAGUCUGCCAAUGGCAACUGUUGACAUCAAAAAUCCAGAAAUCACUACUAAUAGAUUUUAUGGUUCACAAGUCAACAAUAUCUCCUAUACCAAAGAGAAGAAAAAAGGAAAAGCAAAAAAGAAAAAAUUGACAAAGGCAGAUAUUGGAACUCCAAGCAACUUCCAACAUAUUGGCCAUGUUGGCUGGGACCCAAACACAGGUUUUGAUGUUAACAAUUUGGAUCCAGAACUGAAAAACCUAUUUGAUAUGUGUGGAAUUUCAGAGGCUCAGCUGAAAGACAAAGAAACUUCCAAGGCUAUAUAUGAUUUUAUUGAAAAAACAGGAGGAGUAGAAGCAAUUAAAAAUGAGUUGCGUAGACAAGCUCCACCACCACCUCCACCAUCUAGAGGCGGUCCACCUCCUCCUCCACCACCACCACAUAGCUCAGGCCCCCCUCCUCCUCCUGCUAGGGGAAGAGGAGCCCCUCCCCCACCUCCUUCAAGAGCUCCAAUAACAGCACCCCCUCCCCCACCUCCUUCUAGACCUGGUACUAUAGUGCCACCACCUCCACCAAACAGGAUAUAUCCUCCUCCUCCACCACUUCAUUCUUCUGCACCCUCUGCCCCCCCUCCUCCCCCUCCUCCACCAUUAGCUGGUUCUUGUGGACCUCCACCACCACCACCACCACCACCACCUCCUGGUCCUCCUCCUCCACCUGGUCUUCCAUUAGAGGUUGACCAUCCAGCUCCUUCAGCAAAUAAAGCAGCUCUUUUAGAUCAAAUAAGAGAAGGUGCCCAAUUAAAAAAAGUAGAACAAAACAGUCGCCCAGUCUCCUGUACCGGAAGAGAUGCACUACUUGAUCAAAUACGACAAGGUAUACAGCUGAAGUCGGUAUCUGAUGGCCAAGAGACUGUACCAACUACACCUGCACCUACGUCAGGUAUUGUGGGUGCGCUAAUGGAAGUUAUGCAGAAAAGGAGCAAAGCCAUUCAUUCUUCAGAUGAAGAUGAGGAUGAAGAUGAUGAAGAAGACUUUGAAGAUGAUGAUGAGUGGGAUGACUGAUCAAUAUAUUAUAUCUUAUAUAUAUUUUUACGGUGAAAUACUAAACUUUCUGUCUAUGGAUUCUGUAAAAUUAUCAUGUAAAUGUUUUAUCAAUUUACUGUAUAUUUUUGUUGCCUUUUGCUUUUUUAUUAAUCUGUGCAAUACCUCAUUUAAUCUGUAAAGGUUUGUCAUCCUAUACAAGGCUACUCCCUUAAUAUGUAAAAGUUUACAUCGGAUGCCUAGUGUACAUGUGAAUACUUUCCAUUCCAUCAAUAAGGGAGUUUUAAUGUAAUCUGUGAGAUUGACAAACACACCUUAAAUGUAUUUAGUUAUAAUUGCAAGAAGGAAAACACUAUUUUCAUACCCUACUUUUUCUGUAUCUAGAUUUUCUUAUUAAAACCUAAUAUAGCACUACAUACUUUAAGCAAUGCAGCUCCUAGUUUUAGCCUCUUCAUCUGGGAAACUCUGCUUCAUGGAUGAGGCUGAUAAAAUGAAGAGCAUUUCAAUUCAUAACACUACCAUUCAGAUUUAGUCUUCAAGCUGUAAAGCAAUCACUAGAAAAAUUAAGUGAUCAUGAAAAUUUUCCCUGAUCCGGAGCAUUGUUGCCUAUAUCAGAGCUUUGAUACCUGAAUACUGAAUUUAAGAAUAGUCUGUUUGGUCAAUAAAUCUGUUAGAAACAAACCUUUGUGACUUUUCCCAGCUGUCGUUCAUGACAAAGAGGAGUUUUGGCAACUACUGCAGUCGUUAUUUAUUUUUAUAUAAGGUUUUUUACUGAAGGGCUGUAGUUGAUGUUUGCUUUGAAUAAUAAUGGUUGUAAAUUAAUUUUUUUUAAAUGUAGGGCAUUGGUAUGCUAAUAAAUGAAUUUAAGUAGUAUAACUUUGCAGUUUUCAUGGAUUAUGGGACAUGUCAACACAGUUAGACACUGGAUCCUAUAACUAAAAUAAAUAGAGAUGGAGCCUUAAACCUAUACUUUAUUGAUUGUGACAACACUAGAUAAUAAAUACUGUUGCUAGAAGGCCAAUGAGCAUCUUGCUGAUGUUUCCAUUUUUCUGAACUUGGCCUCUGUUUGUGUUAUCCAGAUCAGUGGGUGGGCACUCUUCCAUCAAAUGCAGUAUUUGUCACAGGCUCCUAUGGCUAUUCAAGCAUGUGGGUCACUGUUGCCUUGUUUCCUUUUGACUCUUAAAUUUCUAGAUUUCAAAGCAAAAGUAAAUAGAGCUAAUUGAACUAUUUAUCUUUUGCUUUGAGGGGGAGCGAUUCACUACUAUAAGGUUUAUAAGCCACUGUUUUUUAUAUAUACCAAAUUUGCACAUUGCAGUAUUUCACUAGAAAUAAGGGAUAUGGUCUUAAAAGUUGGGUGGUCCUGCAUUUGGAAUUGCAUUCCAAUAUAUGAUGGGAAAAUUUGAGUUUUUAUUUUAAUUUUUCAUCUUUACUAGGAGACUUACUGUUUGGACUAUCUGCUUAUUUUUCAUGCAGUAUUGCAUUUAAGAUAAGCUUUAUCAAUGCUAAUACUCUACUCACAGUAAGAAUACACUUAAUAAAUGCAGAAGGUUUCAAGUGAGACAUACUUGGAGUACAAUUAAUCCUGCUUGCUUCCUUCUUCAUUUUUCUUCUAUCCAUGACAUAUUGGAUGGAAUUAUCUUCAUUGAAAUCCAGUGUUGGCCUGAUCUUGGCAGGCUGGACCUGCAUGAUUUGGCCUGGACGUUUAAUGCAAUUAUAAUGUAUGUCUAGUAUUUGGAUUUUUAAUUCUGUAAGAAGGAUGGGAUUUAAAUAGUAUGUUGAUGAAAGAAGAUGUAAUAAGCAGAAGUUUAUUCCAAAGGGAAUAACUUUAAUUUAAUGCAAACAACUUGGAAAAGAGCAUUUUCAAAGUAUCUUCAUUUCAGUUGUAUCUCUGGCGCUGCUUUGUGCUAGAACAACUUUUCAGUUAGCAUUGCUGCUAGUGGGCUUGAGGAUUGUGAGUAUGUAAUGAUGCUAUGAAGAUGGGUUAAAAGUUAUGCACACGACAGAAAAUGUUAGUGGCCUACAGUACAGCCUGUAGGCUUUCUGCUCUAGUUUCAUAGAGGGGGCAUUUAAAGAGUUGAUAUUGCUCAAUUGGUCUUCAGCAAUAUUACUUGUAAAUUAAGCACAUGCUUCUAAAGUUGGAAGAGUUUGAAAAGAGAUACUAUUUUGAGGAUACUUGUGUAAUCCAUUAAUCACUUACCCAAUACUUUUCCCCCCUAUAGAAAGUGUAUCUACGUUAUUGCACAAACAUUCAACUGUUUUGCUUUCAAUAGCAUAUUGUAUGGUUUUAAUUUAAAGCAUGACCGCAGUUACAAUUAGAUUUAAGGUCACAGCUGCAUGUUUCUACUUUCUUGCUCUCGGUGUGGGCAGGAGGCAAUGUUUCUUGUCAUUGAAUCACUACUGCUAAUUCUUGCAGCCAGGGCAGCCUUUUGCAUCAGUUAAAUUGACUGUCCGCGUAGCCUUGCCAAGUAGUGAAUGAGCCUGAGGACUGUCUCUGAACAUUGCGCUUAGACAAUAGCAUCUAGCGACUUGUACUCUGAAAACAUCUCAAUCAUUCAGUUUUCCAUUUCAUCAAAUUGAACUUCUCAGUAUGUGAAUUUCCUUUUUGGCUCUUCUUUUUCCUCUUCUUUGGAAAUGUACAGUGAAUAGGAUGUUGCACUGGUGGCAAUUCAUCAUGAAGCAUAAUAAAAUUAAUUUGUCUCAGUUUAA